AUGUCUGAGGGGACCGAGGAACAGGAUUUUGUUAUUGUAACUGUUGACGACAGUGAUGAUAAUGAGUGCAGCAUUGAGAUGGUGGAAGAUUCUGAAACAGCAGAUAAUUCCACUGAUGACAUAGCAAAUUAUUCCACUUAUGACACAGCAGAUAAUCCCACUGAUGACACAGCCACACAACCAAGCUCCUCCAGCGGCAGUGAUGACCAUCACCGCCCACUCCAAAUGUCAUAUGGUAAUGGGUAUCACUCUGUCACCCAGGCUGGAGUGCAGUGGCACGAUCACAGCUUACUGCAGCUUCAACCUCUUGGGCUCAAGCAAUUCUCCCACCUCAGCCUUCCCAGUAGCUGGGAUCAUUUACUGUGUAGGCUUGAAGUUACUAAGCAGUCACUUCACAUAGCCUAUGCAGACCAAACCAUUUCACAGAUCAAAUGCCCAGUACAUUUAAAAAGAUACAGUUACAACUCAGAGGAAGUGGAUUUGCCAAAAAGAGGAAGAUUAUCUACUCCAGAGGUACAGUCUAGCACACCACCACCAGCAGAAAGGCAGGAAACCCAUGCCUGGGCCAGCCCUGCUGUAGCAUCUCUUGAGUCAGCAGCAUGUCCUGAACUGCAGGAAGGGGUGACCAGUGAGAGUUCAUCAUAUCCCAGAAUUGUCUCUCAAUGCCUCAUUCAGCCGUAUGUCACACAAGGUGGCUCAUUUCCUUGUUUCGGUAUGGGGUGUAACUUUAUCAGUGGAGGUGCUGAAAGUACCCAUGCUGUCAUCUCAUUUGCCGAUGCUACUACAGCAGUACCUAUGGCAGGUCUGUCACAAGGAGAACCCAAUCUGGCAAAUAACCCUGGUGUGGUGAAUUACUCUGCUCUACUGGAAAAUGAAGAUGUGGGCCCAGGUAGAGCCUUGUCAUCUUUCUGCAUCCAUCCCAAUUUGGAAAUGCCAGAAAGACCAGCAAACAGCAGUAAAAACAGCACUGAGACAGUGAAUUACCCAACUUUAAUGGGAAAUUACAGUGGCCAAAAUACUGCCUCUUUAUCUGUCUUCAUCCCUCCCUAUUUUGGUGAAAAAUUAAAUGCCACAGGAACAAUGAAACCAACAUGGAAAAAUAACUCUCAGACAGUGUUACCAUCUUUAUUGGGAAAUAUGAGUGUCCCAACCAGCGCCUUUCAAAUCUUCCCCAUCACUUCUAAUUUUGAAUCUGGCCCACAAAUGAAUUCUGGGACAAUGAGUUACUCAACUGUAAUGCAAAAUAGCUGUGACCAAGAUGAUGCUUCAGCAUCUGCCUGCCUCACUCCCAAUUUUGCACUGUUACCUCUGAACAUUUUGGUAAAAGUAGAUACCAACACGGAAAACAGCCUCAACACAAUGAAUCGCUCAACUUUAUUGAACAGUGACAGUGGCCAGGAUUCUUCCUCAUCACCUGUCUGUAUCCCUCCCAAGUAUGGCUAUCUUGGUGAUCCAAAAAGAAAUGUCAGAGUACUUAAAACUCAUUUACUGGCCGUACGAAAUAUGGCCAAACCUAAGCAAGCAGCCUGCUAUUUGGUUCGUAUUUUGUUCUCCAAGGAAAUCCUGAUUGGCAACUCAGUGGAUAUCCAUUUGAAAGACAGCCAGUCCCUUGACCCAAACAAAAUGGCUGCAUUGAGAGAAUAUCUGGCAACAACUUUUCCCACCUGUGAUUUGCGUGAACAUGGAAAAGACUGGCAGGACUGUAUUUCUGGUAUCAAUUCUAUGAUCUGCUGUUUAUGUUCUGAAGCCAGGAGUACUCCAAAAACUGUUCACAAAAAUAAAAAACUUACCAACCCUGUUGCACCAGCAUCUGCAGAUAGAAAUGACCAUAGGGACAGAGAUGGUGGUGAAGGCAGUUCUUGGAUGUUUCAGCCAAUGAAUUAUUCUGAAAUGAGAGAAAAGGGGAACUUGCAGCCAAACAGUGAUUCUAUCCCUGAAGAAAUGCAAGAGCCUUCCACUGAUAAUCCAGAGGAACCUGGUGAAGCAUGGGGCUAUUUUGGAAGACCUUGGAGAAAUAUAUGGAUGCCAUAUUCAGUACUGACUUUGGCAAAAGCUAAGUCUUGCGCAAGCCUGUCAGCUAGAUACCUUAUUCACAAACUCUUCACAGAAGAUGUCCUGAUCCAAAGUAACGUCUAUGGCAGUCUAAAGCAUGGCCUGUAUGCCCUUGACCCUAAUAAGAUUAGUGCUCUCCAAGAGUUCCUCCAAGAAAACUACCCAAUUUGUGAUCUCUCGGAAAAUGGAAGGGACUGGAAGUUGUGUGUGACCUCCAUCAACAGCAGUAUCCGUAGCCUUAGACAUAAUGUCAGAAGUGCUGACGCCAGAUCUCAGUCACUUCCAGCAGUGACCCCUCCAGAGUCGGAGCAGGAGUAAAAGUCAAGAGAUCCCAACGCCACUGACAGAAGCACCUGA